AUGUCUGACUCCGCCAUGGCCAACACCCUACAGGAGCAGGUCGCGGUGGACGACCUGGGUUCGGACCAGUUCAUCAGCCGCGUCAACCCCGCCCGCAUGGGAAACGCGGCGAACAUCGCCUACGGAGGCUGCGCUAUCAGCAUUGGUCUCCAGGCGGCAUGUAGCACCGUACAGCCAAAGUACCUCCUCUACUCGACCACGGGCAACUAUCUCGGCCCGGCCCUGACUGACCGAAAACUGAGGUGCUCCGUCCGCAGGGUACGCGACACAAGGACCUUCGCCACUAGGAUCGUCGAGAUCAGCCAGGAUCUGGACGACGGCAAGUCGAGGUUGUGCAUGGUCAUGCUCGCCGACUUCCAAGUGAAAGAGGAGACUUCUCUUUUGGUAUAUUCGGCACCGCCAUCCAUGGUUUACUCUUCACCUGAGCAGUGCCUCACGGUUGAGGAAGGGAUAAAGGACAAGGUGCGAAGGGGGCUGGUGACAGAAAACGAGGCCAAGUUAUUCAUAGCUUCCUUCGGCUUCAACAACCGCUUUUUCGAGACCCGAGGCGUACCAGAGACCGUUGGCCCGAACAACCUUUUCGGCAUGGCGAAGACGGCCAAGACGCCCCAGCACCAUCUGGACCUUACUUCGAAGACAUCCGCCGACUGGUUCCGAUGCCGGCACUCCCUUGAGCGCCUCCAGGACCAGUUCGCUGGACUCGGCUUCAUAUUGGACGGAGCUCUGGCCUUCAUACCCCUGACGCACACCAACAGGUACCUCGACGACGCCGGCCCCUGUUCCUCGCUCGACUUCGCCCUGAGGUUCUUCACCGGGGAGCUCGACAUGAGCAAGUGGUACCUCAAAGAGUUGAAGACCAUCGCAGGCAACGACGGACGAACCUACACCGAGGCCCGCCUCUGGGAUCAAGAUGGGAACAUGGUGGCGACCAUGACUCAGCAGUCCAUCAUGCGGCCUCCGAAGAGUGCUGCCCGAGCGUCCCUUUAG